UAUCUUUCUCUCUCUGCAUAUAAAAUAUACAGUAAACUUGAUUAAAUUAGGAAUUAUAACAUAAAUAAAAUAGAAUGGCAAGUGCACUUACUUACAAUGAAAAUGAUGGUUACGUUGAUGGUAUUUUAAGAGGUUAUUACUCCAGCAUCUUAAAUUCCACUCAAUAUCUUAAUUUCACUCAAUGUGAAACACUUGAAGAUCUUCGUCUUCAACUAGGUGCAACAGAUUAUGGUAAUCUUUUACAAAAUGAGCCUUCCCCUAUUGCUACUUCCACUAUUUCAGAAAAAUUAACACAAAGUCUUGUUGAGGAAUUCAAUUACAUUCGUAGUAAUGCAGUUCAGCCUUUAUCAAAAUUUUUAGAAUACAUCACGUACCAGUACAUGAUUGAUAACGUCAUUUUGAUCAUUACGGGAACACUUCAUGAACGCGAUACUCAUGAACUUCUCGAGCGUUGUCAUCCACUUGGUGUAUUUGAUACUAUGCCAGCUUUAUGUGUUGCUACUACUGUUGCUGAAUUAUAUAAUACUGUCUUGGUAGAAACUCCUUUAGCCCCUUAUUUUGCCAACUGUCUCAGCGCUCAUGAUUUGGAUGAAUUAAAUAUUGAAAUUAUUCGUAAUACACUCUACAAAGCUUAUCUUGAAGAUUUUUAUCAAUUCUGUCAAAACAUGGGUGGUCCUACUGCUGAAGUGAUGGGCGAUAUUCUUCGUUUUGAAGCAGAUCGUCGUACUAUCAAUAUUACAAUUAAUUCUUUUGGUACUGAGUUACCUAAAGAAGAUCGUAGAAAACUAUUCCCUACCAUUGGCCGUCUUUAUCCUGAAGGUAAUGCCCGUUUAGCGAUUGCAGAUGAAAUGGAUCAAGUCAAGGCUACUUGUGAAGUCUUCCAUGAAUAUCGUUCUUUCUUUGAUACCAGUACAUCCAACAAGACAUUGGAAGAUAAAUUCUUUGAAAUGGAAGUCUUUUUAAAUCGACAAACCUUUCAACAACAAUUUAACUAUGGUGUCUUUUAUGCCUAUAUUAAGUUGAAGGAACAAGAAAUCAGAAAUAUUGUUUGGAUUGCUGAAUGUAUUUCUCAAAAUCAAAAGGAGAGAAUCAAUAGUUAUAUUCCCAUUUUGUAAAAGAAUUAUUGAAAUCCUUUUUUUUUAUAUAUUUGUAUACAAAUAAAUAUAUAAAAUAUAUAUAAUUAAAAGUAUUGUUAUUAAAAAAAAA